AAACUUCCAUGUACGACAUUUCAUUUCAAGCAAAGAUGUUUACACCACUCUCGAUGUAAACAACGCAAUCAGAAUAGAAAACGGCACAAACAUAGUUUUACUUCGUUGCGAAAAGCGUCACGCACAAAGAAAUUCGGAUCGAAUCGAAACCCUUGCGGCGGAAGGAAACUCGUGGUGGAGCAACGCUACAUCGGCUACAGGAUGAAGGACGAUAUUAUCUAUCUGGUUCUGCUUGCCUCGUGCAUCGGAUUCGGGCAGUUUUAUCGAAAGUUCACCGACCCGGAGCAGAAGAAGCUGAUCGGCACCGGGUUCGGGUUGCUGGUGGUGCUCUCCGUCAGCGGGUUCCACAUGCUGCACAUGCUCUUCUGUUAUCUCGUGAGUGCACUGCUGAUAAUCUAUGCUAGCCGAAAAAUAUGUCAUCUGGCGUGCUUUGGGUUCAUGUUCGGAUAUCUGUUCUUCUUCCGGUCGCUGUCGCUGCUGGGAUACGAUUCCCCACCGGGGCACACGAACAUGAUACAGAUGAUUCUAACGCUGAAGCUGGUGGGCUUGGCGUUUGAGGUGAACAAUGCCUACACCAAGGGGCAGACGAUCGACGAAUCGAAAAAGGGUUCGACCGAGACCGAUAAACCGUUGGCUGUGAUGAGUGAUUCGGACCGUGCGCUGCUAAAGCUUGACAUGCUGGACAUCUUCCACUACAGCUUCAAUUACGUCGGUGUGCUGACCGGUCCGUACAUUACGUUCAAAACCUAUCGCGAUGCAAUUUAUCUACCGUUCAGCGGGAAAGCGGAUUGCGUUGGAGCGACGGUAGAAAAUCUGAAGGUUAUUCCACUGUACGCCGGGUUGUUUUUGCUCGUAUCGUACAUCUGGCCACUGGGGUACGCCACCAGUGGAGAAUUCUACGAAGAUCGGUCAUUUUUCUAUCGGCUAAUGUACGUGUGGCCAACGUUCUUCAUCUUCCGGAUGCGCAUCUACACGGGUAUUCUGCUAAGCGAGUGUGUCUGCACAAUGGCCGGCGUUGGAGCUUAUCCGAAGCUUUGCGCCAGUAAACCAGGACAUGGGCCGAGCAAGGAGGACUACGGUGGGGAUGAAUCGACGGCACUGGAAUACGACUUCGAAACGGUACGCAACAUUGACGUAAUCAACACGGAACGCUGCUGGACGUUCCGGGAAGCCAUGAAGUACUGGAACAUGUGCGUACAGUACUGGAUGGCAAUGUACGUGUACAAGCGUUUCCCAAGCAAAAAGUAUCGUACCCUCGUCACGUUGGCCGUCUCGGCGAUCUGGCACGGUGUGUACGCGGGUUACUAUUUCUGCAUAUGCGGCGCCCCGUUCUAUCUUCCCAUUGAGGAUCUUUACGUGAAGCUGUUCAUCAAGGAUGCCACCGGCCAAAAGCGCACAGCACUGAACGUACUCUGCUGGAUCUCAAAGUUUUUCGCCUUCUCGUACCUGGGUAUAGCAUUUUUGCUACUGACGGUGGACAAAAUCUGGUACUACUAUAGCUCCGUGUACCACUUUGGGUACGUGCUGUGGAUUGUCCUGUACGGGGUGGGCGUUUUGAUAGCGAAGCAACGAAAAGCCAAAGCAAAACAGGAGGCUAAAGUACAGCAGGCUACUGGCAAGCAGGACUGAUUUCGCUACACGCUACCGUUCAAUUGGUCUCAUGACACACAACUAGACUCAAAUUUUGUUGUACUUCUACUACUAAUGCUAAUAGGAAAAUUGUUAACACAAAGUCAGGUGUUUUGAUUGCGUUCAAAGUUAGAAUUUAUGCACUAGCUGGUUAGUGAGGAGGUUUUUGCGGGUAAAUCUUUUAACGAUAAAGCUUUGUUAGUUAAAUAAAAUGGGUUCUUUUGCAUGCAGUACAAAGAUGAAUAUAUUCAACAUCAAGAUGGAA